UACUGGUCAAGGAAGUCAUGCAAGUGGCAGGUCUAAGCAGAGCAGAAGUGAAAAAAAGAGCAGAAAGGCCAUGCUGAAGCUUGGAAUGAAGCCAAUAAGUGGUGUUAGCCCUGAUACAAUAAAGAAGACCAAAAAUAUCGAAGAUCUAAGAUCCCAAUUGCAAACCCAGGAUGCCGAACAGUUCAGGGCCCCUGAUCUGAGCCAUGUGAUAAGUAAGCCGGAGACGUCUGCCGCCUCUCAGGACGAUGAAGAAGUCGAUGAGAGUGGUGUGGAGCCGAAGGAUAUUGAGCUUGUUAUGACUCAGGCUGGUGUUUCGAGGGGAAAAGCUGUGAAGGCUCUUAAUGCGGCUGAUGGUGAUAUUGUUACUGCAAUUAUGGAGUUGACUAACUCAAUCAAUAUUGAUAAUUUGUAA